GGGAAGCAUAAGCUAUCUCAACUUUCCAAGUAUCUUUCUGGGUUGCUUCUCUUUCUCAGUUCAUUUCUUCCUCUCUUGUUCCCACUUGUUCUCUCUCUCUCUCUCUCUCUCUCUCUCUCUCUCUGUGUGUUUAAUUUGAAGACCAACAACCCAAGUAAUGGCUGAUAUCCUUACUAAAGAACAGAUCAUCGAAUUUCAGGAAGCCUUUAGUCUGUUUGAUAAAGAUGGAGAUGGUUGCAUCACCAUAGAAGAAUUGGCAACAGUGAUCCGAUCACUGGAUCAAAACCCAACUGAAGAAGAGCUCCAUGACAUGAUAAGUGAUGUCGAUGUGGAUGGAAAUGGAACCAUAGAGUUUGGGGAGUUCUUGACUCUCAUGGCCAGAAAAAUGAAGGAAACAGAUGCAGAGGAGGAACUUAAAGAAGCCUUCAAAGUAUUCGAUAAGGAUCAAAAUGGCUAUAUUUCAGCUAACGAGCUGAGGCAUGUUAUGAUCAACCUGGGGGAGAAACUGACAGAUGAAGAGGUAGAACAGAUGAUCAAAGAAGCUGACUUGGAUGGUGAUGGUCAAGUUAAUUAUGAAGAGUUUGUUAAGAUGAUGAUGACCGUCUAGGGACUAAUUUCAUUUGCAGAGGAAGAAAGAAAGAAAGACAGAAUAACUAUUAUUCAAAUUCGUUCAUUUUCCUCUCCUGUUCUUCUCAUCUUCCCUCCCCAUAUAAGGAGGAAGAAAAAUUAAUUUCAAUUGUUUAAUUUCUAAAUUCUUAAGCUUUUAUAAGUUAUCAAAUAACCAUUCCUUUCUGUCUUUUAAA